ACAGUUUUUAUUCAAGAUGGCGAACGUGCGGGAUAGCGACAUUUCUCUGUGGCUACACAAUAAGCUUGGUACGUCGAACGACUCGUGGAUUAGCGGUUCUAUCAUAUCACAGCUGAAUAAGGAAGUUCUGCGGAACAUCAAGGAGUGUUUUCCGGAUCUGCAGACACAGGUGAAGCUGAAACUGCUGCUAAGUUUCUUCCAUAUUCCGCGGAGGAUAGUCGAAGAGUGGAAAACAGAGCUCGAAGAAGUGAUCGAAGUUGCAGGCCUUGAUUCAGAACUAUGGGUAUCUAUGGUGGCGGAAACCAUCAAAACCCUUCCGACGACUGGAUCGUUGAACACGGAAAUCUCCGAUUACGAAGAAACGCGGCCAAUCUUUACCGACAUGGUGAACGAAUUGCGCCGAUUAGUGGUAAAAAAUGCCGACCUGGGACUCUUGCCGCUCGAAUGCCAAUAUCUCAACAAAUCGGCCCUUGUGUCAGUGGUAGGGCAGCAAUCGACCCCAGUUAAGCAUUUCACACUGAAGCGGAAACCGAAGAGUGCAAACUUACGGGCAGAGUUGUUACAAAAAUCAUCCGAUGCACAAAGUUGUCUGAAGAAAAUUUCCGCACCGACAGUGCCUUUGAGAUCGCGAGGAAUUCCACGCAAAAUGACUGAUACAACACCACUGAAAGGUAUUCCCUCGCGGGUUCCAACUGGCGGUUUCCGUUCACCACCUUCAUCUCAAGGACAAAACAGACCUAGCCUCAGUCGAACUCCAGCUGGUCGAAAAGAAGGUGGAGUUAAGCUGCUUGAAAUAGGAGAGCAACCACUCGGUUAUGCUGCUGCUAAGAAGCGGAAACGGGAACAGGAGCGAGAAGAACAACAGAAAAAAGCCGCGGAACAAGCAACCGCGCAGGCCAACCAGGAUAUCAAACCAAUCAUUAUUACUCCUACGACACCUACUGCUACGACUACAACACCCGAUUAUGCAGCUGGAUUGACUGCUAGUACGGUUUACAGCCAACCUGCGACACCGAUGCCAACGGCUACUGUAAAAGACACUGUAGGAAAUAGUACUGUCCAACAGCAGUCUCUUCAAGCUCAGCAACAACCACCUCAGCAGUUAGAUAUGAAACAGGAAAUGAAGCAAGAGAUCAAACAGGAACCAAUUUUAAGCAGUUCGGUUCAGUCCAUUCCCAUUGUUUCAUCUACUCCUCUCCUGCAGACGACAGUGCCUCCGGUGCCACCUUUAGCGUACACGACGCCUCAAGCGCAAAAGAUCACCAUUAAAACCGAAUCAAAUAUGUCUCCUGCUCCAAUAUCGAUCUCCAAUCCUCCGUCAUUGGUUCGAACUGUAACGCUUCCUGCAACAACGCAGAUUAAAACGCAGUCCCAUCAACAGCAGCAACUUCCUACCGUUCCAAGUACAGUACAAAUGAUGCAACAGCAGAACCUGACUGGCAGUUCGAUAGGAACGAAAUCCCCAAAAAUCGAGAUAAUCUCGUCAAAGACUAUACAACCUGGAACAAUUCAAACGUCAAUCCCAAAGUCAACCACUAUUAUCAAUCAAGGUGGAAAUAUUCUAUUUACUACUAAGCAGGUUCAGCCGAACACGACGGUAGCCGCUGCCGGAUCAACCAUCAUCCAGCAGAAGCCAGCCCUUCAGUCAUACGUUCUGAAUACGUCUCCACCCGGCAAGCAAAUCAACAUCCAAAGAAUAGUGACAAAUGCUAAUGCAUCUGUUAAUCCUACGCUUACAACCACCAUCUCACGUGCUCAGCAUCAGCAGCAGUUACUGCAGGCCCAGAAGCUGCUUCAAACUCAGCAACAACAGCAGCAGCUGCAACAACAAAUACAGCAACCCAAUACACCCACUCGAAUUGUUCAAAUUAAAACGGCCCCAACAGUUUCCCUGAGUAACAACCAGCUGUUACAAAACAUUCCUCCGCUUAUCUCAACCCAGCAUCCUGGGUCUGGAGCGCAGCCAACCAUUCUCAAUAUUCAAACUAUCCAGCAACAGCAGCAACAACAACAACAGCAACAACAGGUUCAAAUUCAACAACAACCGACGACGCCGCAGAAACGAACCAUUACUAUUACGGCCCAGAACCCUCAAACUAACAGCAACAGUAUGAAUGCCACUUCAGUGGCGCAAAUUCUGCAACAGCAGCAAUAUCAACAGCAAAACCAGCAAACCAUACAAACUACUUCUAUCAUAACAGGAACCACCCAACAGCCAAAAUAUGCUCAAGUGGUGAUGUCUCCGAAUGUGAAAGGAAAAACCAUUUUCCUCACCAACUCAGCCAACAUCCCGAACGUGUUGAACCAGAAAGGAGUCCUUCUUCGUACGGUGGAUCCAUCUGGUAACACGGUUUACCAACAAAUCCCACUUCAAAAUAUGUCCGGUUUAGGAGGUGCAACAAUUCUCACCAGUGGAGGCCCGCCCGGAUUAGUUAAGUCAGAACCGGACACGAAAACUCAAUUGAGUCAAAUUCCAGCGCUUGUUCCGACUAGUUCACUACAUCAAAACAUCCCAGCCCUAACACCGGUCGUAAUUCAGCAGUCUCAGCAGCAGCAACAACCACAGCAGACGACCACAAUCCCUGCUCUGAUAACCAACAUUUCCCAGCAGCAAGCACAGCAACAACAGCAGCAGCAUCUUAUCCAACAUCAGCAGCAGCAAAUCAAAACGUCACCUCAGACGAUGACUAUCAUUCGACCCGUCGGCGGGACAACCAGUAACAACCUUCAGACUACAGUUCUUCCACAAGGUCUCACACUAAUUCAGCGGCCUGGUCAACAACCACAGUUGGUGCAAACGAUACAAGGUCAGCCGCAGCAACAGCAGCCGCAAACGCGGACAAUCAUUACACAGAUUCCACAGCAGCAGCAAGUGCAACAACAGCAACAGCAAAUUCAGCAACAGCCGCAGCAUACGAUACAAUUCCAAGCAGCGGGAGCACCCCGAGCAGGUGGCACUACUAUACAGUUGGUGCAACAGCCGCAGCAAGAACGCACCAUUAACCAACAGCAGCAACCGCAGCAAAUCCAGAUCCAGCGAACGCAAAUUGGUCAACAGCAGCAGCAGCAAGGUGCUACGGUCACCAUUCAACAGCAGAACACAGUCACCGUUGGACAACAGCAGGCGCAACAGCAAGGUACCCGAAAAGGACUCUCGCUUUCGAACAAGCAUGUCAUGGAGGCGCACGAUAUGUUCAAACGAGCCAACCGGGUGACCCGUCUGGAGAAAGCACUGAUUCUCGGUUUCAUGGCAGGCUAUCGGGACAAUCCGCGUCCGAAUCCGGAGAAUGUUGUGACCAUCAAACUGAACGAGAGCAAGGAAAAGGUGCUCCAGGCGGAUGAUACACAGGCGCUAAUGCUGGUGGAAUCGCUUAUCACGCUUGACUACAACACGGGCGAAUGGAAAACGUUCCGAAAGUACCGCGAGCUGGAUCCCUCACAGCAGCAUGAUAUGGGGCCUGGAACGACCGGGGGUACGCAGACUCCCGGCGGUCCUGCCAGCGGGCAGCAACAGAAUUCCGUGGUUAUUUAAUAUUUAGCAUAGGGUGAAAAUCAACGUGACAGCAGGCAGGUACAUGGCUAGCUAGAGAAGUUGGCACGAUUAUUAGGGCCUGUAAGAGUGGAUGCAGAAAAGAUACGAGAAUGUUGUCUCGAGUAUUUAAAAUGCGUAUAUAGUUUCCGCGAAUUUCUAUUAAGAAUAAUCCUAUGUUGUUUUCUUGCUAUAUAGAUAUAUCGAUGGUAUAUAGACGAAUUAUGUGCAAGAAUAAAGCAGAAAAAAAUUCAUCUCAUGAAAUAAAACCUAUCCUGUUGAGGACUAUUCUAGUACUAUGCUUAUAGAGUAAACAAAUCGCGGCAACAGUGACGCAGCAGGCAGUGUAUAAAUUUAUCGAGCACUAAAGAAUGUAAACAAUAAUCAGUUUCAAAACGUUGAGAUGCUUUUUGAUAGUACAUAGUACACACACACACUCUUCGGACAGAUUUCCGACAGUGCAUCGGAUAAUUUUGGUAGUUUUCCGUUUCGUUUUCCGAAUUGGCACCGAAACCGCGACCGGAUAUACUAGAAUAUAUGGCCCCCAUGCCACGCAGCAUUGCUUCUGAGAAUCUAGACAGCAGAUUGAACAGUGGCGACACAAUAGUUUUUACGGUAGCGAAAUAUUACAUACUUGUGUAUUAUUCUAAAGAAAUAUUCGGAAAAAGUAAUAUUAAUUAAUGAAUUAUUAUUUUAUUAUGCAUAGGCUGAAAUACCUUAAUAAAUGUGUAUAUUCCAAUAGCAGCGUAUACAGAGCUAGAA